GGGCACUUCUGCGUUAUUAUUACUACUACAAGUACCAGUACGAGUGCAUGCUCCCAGAAGACAGCCAGCCCCUAGUCAGCGCUGUGCAAGAGGCCGGAGUAUCCAGAGUUUCAGCCCACCCGAAGUUAUCGAACCAAUCACAUCCCUCCUUCCAUGACGGAAGCGGAAUUACGUCAUACAGGAACUUUCUUUGCUCGUGUUGAUUGAACAACAAAACUGACUAGAUUUUUCUACAGCAGCGAUCACAGUCGCAUGCGGCGAGUAUGGCGACCACAAUAGUCCACGACACGUCAGAAGCGGUGAAGCUGUGCUCCUCCCAAGGCCUCUACCUGAAACCCAUCGCUAAACUCACCGUCAGCGUGGGGCUGCCCCAGCUGAAGCAGCCGGGCAAGUCCAUCUCCAACUGGGAGGUGAUGGAGAGGCUGAAGGCCAUGGUGCAGCCCGACCAGUUCUCCACCCUGCGCAUCGCCAAGAGCACCAUGGAGUUCAUCCGCUUCGAGGGCGAGGUGGAGAACCGGGGCAUCGUUCGGACGUUCCUGGCCAAACUCGAUGGGAAGACGAUAAAGCUGAGCGGCUUCACCGACAUCCUCAAAGUCCGGGCCGCGGAGUACAAGAUCGACUUCCCGACCCGCCACGACUGGGACUCGUUCUUCCGAGACGCCAGGGACAUGAACGAGACUCUCCCCGGCGAGCGGCCGGACACCAUCCACUUAGAGGGGCUGCCCUGCAAGUGGUUCGCCCCGAAGGGCUCGUCCUCGGAGAAGCCGUGUGAGAACGUGCUGCGGACCGUGUUCGAGGUCUUCGGCAGGAUCCGCAACGUCGACAUUCCCAUGCUGGACCCUUACAGGGAGGAGAUGAUGGACAAGAACUUCCACACCUUCAGCUUUGGCGGCCAUUUGAACUUCGAGGCCUAUGUGCAGUACCAGGAGUACAUAGGCUUCGUUAAGGCAAUGGAUGCCCUGCGGGGAAUGAAGCUGAUGUAUAACGGAGAAGAUGGGAAGGCCGUGGCGUGUAAUAUCAAGAUCACUUUUGACACCACCAAGCACCUGAGCGAUACCGCAAUAAAGAAGCGGCAGCAGGAGAGACAGAAGCUCCAGGACCUGGAGCGCCAGAGAGAAGAACAGAAACGGAAAGAGAAGGAGGAAGAGGAGAAGCGGAAGGAGGAAGAGAGGAAAAAGAGAGAGCUGGAGGAGGAGGAGAAGGAGAGGAAAAGGGAGGAGAAGCUGAGGAAGAGGGAGCAGAAGCAAAAAGAACGUGAGGAGAAGAAAAACCUCAAAAAGUUCCAAAAGCACCAAGCUGAGGAGCAGAAGAAACUGCAGGUGAAGAUUGCACUGGAAGAGAGGAAAGUAUUACUGGCCCAGCGGAACCUGGAAUCCAUUCGACUUAUUGCAGAACUGCUUAGCAGAGCCAAGGCUCAGAAGCAGCAGGAGCAGGAGCGGCUGGAGGCGGAGAGGGCCAGGCUGCUGCGGCUGGAGGAGAGGCGCCAGCUGCAGGAGGCCGAGCUGCGGCGCGUGGAGGAGGAGAAGGCGCGGGCUCUGGAGCUGCAGCGGCGGGAGAGGGAGCUCAGGGAGAGACUCCUGUGCAACCUCCUGAAGAAGAGCAGCGCGCCGGAGCUGCAGGGGGGCCAGGGAGCGGCCCCCAGAGGCCCGACUGGGCGGCCCACUUCCGCAGAUUUCUUCUCCGAUUCAGAAAAGCCCGAGCACCUCGCCGGCGCCGUCUGUCCAGACACCAUGGCGAACGGGGCUUUCGAUGGAGGGGUGUGUAACCCGGUGAAUGGUUAUGAGUGCACAGAGGAAAAUAAGGACCCGAGCCCUCGGUCCCGGACCUCUGAGAAAAAGGCUGACGGGGUCCGAUCGGGCCAACGUCAGCAGGGCGGCCGAGCAAGGAGGCACCGGAACUCCAGCCGCGAGGACAGGGAGCGCGGUCGGCGCAGACGGCGCCAUAGCUCGGGGGGAAGGGACAGGAGCAGGGAGAGGAGGAGCCGCUGCAGGGACUCCAGCAGUGCCGACGGCUGGCGCAGCCGGAGCCGGAGCAGCUCCAGGAGGCACUCCAGCGGGCACCGAUGGCACAGGCACCGCAGCCACAGCUCAACCCGGGAGACGAGCGGGCACAGGAGAGGGAGGAGACACCACCGCCAUCGAGAUGGGAGCUAAGAGCAGCCUGCAGGGACACUGAACUCUCGGUCCAGUGCAGCACACAAAAGCUGUUGGAGAGAGGAAGGCCGGUAAGCGGGGCCCAGGAGCUCCGGAGCUCUCUGGGCAGCAGGACUGAGGUUCCUUGUUGGAGCCGUCACAGGGGUGACCACAGCGUGGGUUUCUGGACUACUGACAUGAAGAAGAGGACUUCACCCAAGCAAGCCAGCAAUUUACAGUUUCAUACAGCAGGGCAUGAGUUCUUGGCUUUAGGGACCAAAAAUACAUUUUGUUUUUCAUUAAAAGGAAAAAUGUAAUUCCUCUCCUGUCUUUGCCCUUUUCUGAAAAUAUUUUGAAUACUUUUAUUUAAAUGUUUUCAACAGUGCUGAAAGUAUAACUUUUUAUCCAAUAUUUUGGUAUUUCAAAAGAAUAUGAGUCAGCCUUGGAGAUUUUAAAGUAUUUUUCUAGUUUUACCUAUAGAUUAACGCUCAGGAAAUUCUGUUUUCUCUAUUAAAACAUUAUGCUCACAUCACUGAACAACGGCACUUAAUGCUUUAGUGGUAUGUAGACUUAAAACCAGCAUGUAUAAAGGCCUCUAAUAGCCAGGCUGUUUAUUAGUUAAGGUUACAAUGAAUGCAGUAGAUGUUGCAAAGAAGAAUACUGCUACUUCAUUACUGCAUCAGUACAUUAAUGACUUUUAGACAGAUCUCCAAAUGUCCAUUAAGGGCAUAAAAAACAUGCUCUACGGUGUAUUUUUCUGUUGUCAUGAUAGUAGCAUUCAUGAACUCAUGAAGGAAAUUUGAAGGAAAAACGCCUCAAUAUUUCUAUAUUAAUCUUUCUUGAGACCAAUUCGAUUUAUCCAUUAUCACGCUGGAGGACCUAACGAAGAUAAACUAAAAUAUAUUUAUAGUAUGUGUGAAAAAGUGGCCAUAUAAUUUUUCAUUUGUUUUUCACAAGCAACAGACACUAUUUGAUCCCCAAAUAAUUUUAGCUCUGCGUUCUGUAUUGUUUUCUAAGGAGUUGAAAUGAAACCCAAACCUUCAAAGAACCAUUAAGUAUCCUGUUCAUGCAAUAGGGUACACAGGUGUUCUCUUGCCUGACGAAUAGUUUUGCUAUUUGUGAUGUCAGUUAAAGCACCAUGCACCCUCUGACAGCUGCUCAAAUCUGUUUUGGAAUUACUCCCAACUCUGUUGUUUUUUUUCAACAAUGUCUCUCUUCCACAGGUUUGCUGAACAGUCGGCAUCGGCUAUCUUACAUCUAAACGAUGCUUUCAGAUUAUUUUGACCCCGUGUGGUAAUGGGUUCAGUGAGGGGCUUGGCUGACAAACCUCACCCCCUGGUGAAUAAGGAUAUUGUAAUUUGCACUAGCAAAUAAAAAGUGUUUCUUAACAGUGUUCUUAAUUAUCUUAAUAUUCUAAACUUAUGCUGAACUGCUUAAAGUGAUGAAGUUCUGUUUAAGGAUUUUUAAUCAAUACAAUUAGUAAUCAACCACAUAUGUUUUUGUUUCCGUUUUGCAUGUUGAAAAGAAAAGAUCAGGUGCCAUGACUUUAUUUCAAUUAGGAUAGAAUAAAGAAUACAAGAGAGAAGCAUUUGGAUCAGUGGGCUCAUUUGGGUGCUUUCAUUUAUUGAAUUUACUUGCUGGAUACAACUGUAAUAUAGGGUUACUUAGCUGUCAAGUUGUUUGCCCAAACAAUUGUCAAAUUAACUUUUAAUGUAGAAUUACUAAAAUAUAGUUACUCCUCUGUCCAUUCGGUGUUUUAAAAAGUUUGAUUCCCUUAUUUCAUGACUUUUAAGUAAAACAAUGUUAAAAUAAUUAAGCACCAAUAGCAAUCCUAUGACUUAGGUUUAUUACUAACAAUCGUUUCAAGCUUCCCUUGGAAGCAAUACAAAUAUAAUUCAUGUAACAUGAACUCAAACCACUCGGUUUGUGUGGAGUCACCCCUGGAACUGGGUCACACUUGAUCUGAAAUAGCUGUGCAACUCCAUCCCAGAAAGCUAUCACAGAGCUCUUGCUGUCUUAAGUAGACCAGUUUAACAGACCAGUUCUUUAGUUGCUGCAGAUAGAGACCUAUAAGACAUGCUGACCUGGAGUUGUGCACCACUACUGUAAAACAUAUUUGAGCACAGAGGGUAAGGCAAGGAGUGGUUUAUAGUUUAACUCUUUCUCCAUGUCAUCAUAUGGGAAGAGCCUGAUUCCACUAUGUGUUUUUAUCAUUCGCAAUGCGAUGCCGGUCAAUACUCGUAUUCAUGAUGAGCUACACAUUGUCCCCCAUGACGUUAACACACAAUGAAGAUCUCUCUCUGGAUUUUUAUCUCUGGAGACUCAAAUCUUUACUGUUGAAACAUUUUGAUGAUUUUAGCAAACUGUUCUGGGGUGGAAUUUGUCAAAUAACUGUGAAGAAAAGCCUUUCUGCUGAAAAUGAGUUGUCGAUUAAAGAUUUUACCAGUAAAGUCAAGGAUGAAGGUUAGUUGGCCAGUGUGAUCUGGGAAAGGUGCUCCAACAAAGCACCAUUAAUUUUACAGGUUUUAUCUCAGCCACUUAGUGUUUGAGCCUAAGAAUUAAAUGAAUUUAUGCUUUUGCCACAACAUUUGUUCCAUCAGAUUAUAUCACCCAGUCCAGCUUUAAACUGACUCCUGACAAAGGAUAAGUAAAAUAUAAUGGGAAAAUAUUUCAAAAUGAAUGUGACCUUUUCAGUUACCCAACAGGCUGCAUUGAAUAAACUUUUACAUAGUCUGCCUUAAGAUUAAUAUUUUGACAUUGACUGCUUUAUUGUAAUUUUAGCCUAUUGGGUGCUACUAUUGUGGAAUUGAUCAAUUCAGUCUCAGAACAUCUUUCCUAUAAUUACACGUUUGCCUUCAGGUGACUACUCAGGGAAAUGUUACAAAAUCACACCCAGGAUUUACACCUGCUAGAGAUGAGACCACAAGUGCAUUUUUUGUGUUGUAGUAUAAGAGUUUAAGAAGAUUUACAAAUGAGAGGAGGGUAUUUGGCUCCAUAUAGUUCCUUCUAGUUAGAAGGUAAAAUCCAAGAAUCUACAAUUCUUGAAUCUCCUAAGAUCCAUCUCACCUGAGGAUCCUCAGCCAACGCGCCAUGUAUCUUGUUCCACAAUCCUACAAUACCAAUAGGAAAAAGCUCUCUCCUCCAAUGACGAUUCAAACCCCGUCUCCUGCCUGACACGGCUGGAUGCAUGUCAUGAUACUAACAAAGUUAAUUAGUAUAUACAGUGUGACCAAGACCCAGCCUUUAUAAAAUCCCAUGUUGGAAAUACCCAUUGUGUGUGACAUUUAGCUAUGCAUUAUGUUUUAUUUGUUGGAUGUAAUACAUCAUAUGUUCCCCUGGUCUAUAAAAAUAAAGCAGUGUAACAGAAAGUGUCUGUGUUGAAAUUAAAAAUCUUUCAAGUA